AUGUUCCCUGUUAUCCAAGACCUCAUUGCAACUGGGGUCCUCGUUAUCCGAUCGAAAGACAACACGUCAACGACAAAUACUCUCCCUGUUCACGCAUAUGCACAAAUGCGGCCAACUUCGGUCAUCUCCACACGAUCCGCAUUAGGCACCUUCACGGCAGCAGAUACUUUGGCUGCUCCAGGCCUACCUGCCCCCCCCGGCCUCUUCGCUCAUCCAAGUCUAUCUGCUCCCCCCAGCCGCUUCGCUGCUCCAGGCCUAUCCGCUCCCCCGGGCCUCUCCGUUCAUCCAGGCCUCCCCGCUCCAGGAACUCUCACCGCCCCAGGUACCCCCCCCCCCCGCCUCAGCGACCUUCGCCGCUUCAAUUGCUUUCACGGCACCAUACACGUUCGGGACACCGGACACCCACACAGUACAUGA